UCAUCUCACGACCUGAUCAUCCGACCAUUGCAUUAGAACUCUUAGCUAUAGCAACAAAAAAAGAGCUUAAAGAACACUAUGAACAGGCACUCUUAUACGAUAAGAAACUACCUGCAGAUGAUACAUGGAUUGUCCAUUUCACCUGUGAAGAAAACGCCAUUUCGGAACCAUGCUGGCCAACCAAGUCUCAACUGCAAAAGGGCCUUCGAGCUAUAUAUUUCUGGCACAAUCUUGAUUUUACAAAGAUUAAAAUGAUUGCAUGUUGGUGGGAUACAAAUAAUAAUACGAAGCAUGUUACUGAUGUUGAGGAAAUAAUGGUGC